GGAGAAGAUGGCGGAUGACAAGGAUUCUGUAUCCAAGCUUAAGGACCUGACAUUCCUCAAAAACCAGCUGGAAAGCCUACAGCGACGUGUGGAAAGUGAGGUCAACAGUGGCGUGAGUCAGUUUGCUCACUUUGCUGCCACCUCCAUUACCCUUCUUGGAAAUGGUACAAUGAAGGAUGGUGUGGAAGAGGGACCACAACCAAGGGACCCUUUGAAGCAUCCAGAGUGCUCCACCUGGCAAGACCAGGAUGCUGUCCAGCACUCAUGAGGUGAGGAAACCCCAGGAGCAACCAGCAUACACAGCAGCCUGCCGAGCUAAUGUGUUUCACCCUCCUAGAUCAUCAUGGUGGCUUUUCAAACAAGAUGCCAUAUAUUCACCCUGCAGCUGCCACUGUAACCCAACUAACUCCUUUAUAGUCAACGCGAUGGUUCAAAGGACACUGUCCAGACGCCUUGUGAAUCUGGCAGCUCCUCAGGGGAAGCACAGGUUCGGGGGGACGUCUGUCUGCUUGGGAAUGUGGAAGCCAGGAGCCCAGAACUCAAUCUAGAUCUCCCAUGUGGGUGGCAAGAACUCCACUACUUGAGGCUUCACCUGCUGCCUCCCAAAGUGUGUGUCAGCAGGAUGCUGAAAUCAGGAGAGCUGGGACUCAAAUCCAGGUACUCUGAGAGCUGCGGAAGGCGCGGAGGGAGCAGCAGCUGAUCAGCAAGAGGCUGCUGAGAGACGACGUCCCAGAGGAAGCCGGAGAGGGCUGUGCGGCCGCCGUCCUCGGGGAAGCCGAGGUGCAGCAGUUCCUGUGGCUAGCCCAGCGGGGGACAGAGGAGAAGGAGAGAGAGAAGGCUCUGGUCAGCCUCCGUCGAGGCUUGCAGCACCUUGAGACACAGCAAAUCUUCAUUCGGCUGGAGGGCAGCAUGCGGACCCUAGUCGGGCUGCUGACCGGCAGCCGGGCCCUGUUGCAGCUUGAGGCGGCUCGGUGCCUGCAUGAGCUCUCUCACUCGGAGCAGUCCGCGGUGGCCGAGGCCUGCCUGCCGGCCACUUCCUACCUCCUCACCUACCUCUCCGGUCACAGCUCAGACUUCAUAGAGCUGUGUCUGUAUACGCUGGGUAACCUGAUCGUGGAAAGUGAGGCUGUGAGAAGGCAACUCCUGCCACAGGGCAUCGUUCCGGCCUUGGCCACCUGCAUCCAGUCCCCACAUGUGGCUGUGCUGGAAGCCCUUGGAUACGCCUUGUCGCAGCUUCUGCAGGCUAAGGAAGCUCCAGAGAGGAUCAUUCCCUCUAUCCUGGGUUCCACUCUCCCCCAGCACAUGCUGCAGUUGUUGCAACCUGGUCCAAAGCUGAACCUUGGGGUCGCUGUGGAGUUUUCCUGGUGCCUUCACUACCUCAUAUGCAGCCAGGUCAACAACGCCCUGCUUAUCGCUCAUGGGGCUCUCUCUACUCUGGGGCUGCUGCUGCUGGAGUUGGCUGGGGCUGUCCAGAGACCUGAGAAUGCGGGACUGGAGCUGCUGGCGUGUCCUGUGCUGCGGUGUCUAAGCAACCUGCUGACGGAGGCGGCAGCGGAGGCUGUGGCCGAGCACAUGCAGCUCAGAGAUGAGCGUGUUGUGGUGGCCUUGUUUGUCCUUCUGCAGUUCUUCUUCCAGAAACAGCCCGGCCUGCUUCCCGAGGGCCUCUGGCUCCUCAACAACCUCACUGCCCACAGUCCUAGUUUCUGUACCUCCUUGCUCUCCCUGGAUCUGAUUGAGCCGCUCUUGCAGCUGUUGCCAGUAUCUAAUGUGGUGAGCGUACUGGUGCUCACAGUCCUAUGCAAUGUUGCAGAGAAGGGUCCUGCUUACUGCCAGCGACUGUGGCCAGGGCCCCUGCUCCACUCUCUGGUGAACAUACUGGCCUUCUCUGACACUGAAGUAGUAGGUCAGAGUUUGGAAUUGCUGCACCUGCUGUUCCUGUAUCAGCCAAAGGCCACGGAAGCCUUUCUGCAGCAGUCAGGACUGCAGGCCCUGGAAAGGCAUCGGGAGGAGGCCCAGCUUUGCGCUCGUGUCCACGCUCUCCAGCAGACGGCUCUUCACGGGUGACCUGGCUUCUCAGAGCCACCCUCGCCUCCCCAGCCCCACCAGCUUCUGUGCCCUUAUUCUCUAAGAGAAUUGGAGCCUUUGGGUGUUUCAGUUGAUAACAAGGUUUUAUGCUCUCUGUUCCCACACUGAACCUAAGCACAGACGACUGCAUUCAGCUCCUCUUUGACCCAGCAGUGUGUAUUCAGGAGGACCAGAGGGAGCUCAGUGUGGCUUAUUUAUUUUGGGGCCCUGGAUUUCCCCCACCUUUAUUUGCCUCAGCAGCUGAUGGCUUUUGGUGAGAAACAAUAAAGUUUUAUUUUUAUAUUAAA